UAAUUCUCGAAGACAGAGAAAUCAGAAAAAAAGAGAUAUUACGAAAAAGAAAGAAAAUAAGCAGAGAAAUGAUUUUUCAUAUCUCCUCUCUUUCAUACAAGGACUGGGGUUUGAGUCAUUUGACCAAUUUCUCUCCUGUUAUUCAAUUUCCAUCAAAUUUCAUUGAAUCAAAAGCUCCACGAGAUUCGUUUUGAUUGAUCGGGUCUAGGGUUUGUAAAAAGAAGAGAUAGGAAGAGAAAUUCCGGUUUCUUCAAUUAUUGAUGUUAAUUUUUAGAAAUGAUUCUUCGAAUUUCAAUAGGAGUUUGAUCCCAUUGGAAACCUUUUUCUCUUUCUUCUUUCUAGGGGUUUCAUUUCCUUGUUCUGUGUUUGCAAAGGAAUUCUCUGAUGAAGUUUGAUUUGGGGUCUGAAACUUAGUUAUGCUGGAAAAAGGUGUAUAAAUUGUUGAGGAAAUGCUGGUGGUUGAUAGCAUAGGAAUCGAAGCGAAGAUAUAUAGGAACCUGCUUUUCCUUCCACCAAGGUGUAAUGGAGAUAUCAUUGUUAAAGGAUCUGCUGAACGACCUCUCUCAAUUUAACAACUUAUCUUCUUCGGACAACAUAAAAUCUGAACCAGUUCAAAAAUAUUACAUAAAGAUAAAUGAGAUAGUGAAGCUUUUGAAGCCGAUACUUGAUUUAAUUGUUGAUUCACAGAUAGCUUCAGAUGAACAGCUAAAUAGUUCAUUAAAAAUGCUGGAUGAGCUUAUUAACGAAUCCAGGGAGCUUUUCGAUAGCUGGCAUCCGAUGACGAGUAAAGUUUAUUUUGUUAAUCAGAUCGAAUCACAGUUAACAACUACUCGUGCUUCUUGUCUGGAGGUUCUCCGAAGGGUGAACGCAUUGGAACAAUACAUGCCUGCCGAUUUGACAUCAGCAUCAAUUGAGCUUUGUAUGCAAAAAAUUCAAGGAAUUGGUUACGAGCAUACAUCAAAUGUUAUUAAAGAUGCUAUAAGAGAUUUACUGGAGAAUUCUCUCCCCAGGUCCGAGAACCUGGUCAAGAUUGCAGAUGCCCUGAGCUUAAAAUCAAACCAAGAACUGCUAAUGGAGGCUGUGGCCCUUGAAAAGGUGAAGCUGCAGGCCGAGCUAGUUGAAAAGGAUGGAGAGGCUGAGCAUAUCGGAAAUAUGAUUGCUCUUGUCACCCACAUGCAUGACCUCCUUGUUAAGAUAAAACAAUCUCAGAGUAAUGCUGCAGUCCCGAUACCUGCUGACUUUUGUUGUCCCAUCUCAUUGGAGUUGAUGACAGAUCCAGUGAUAGUUGCAUCAGGACAAACUUAUGAACGGCUUUUCAUCAGGAAGUGGCUUGAUCUUGGUCUCACAGUUUGCCCUAAAACCCGCCAAUCUCUGGCACACACAAAUUUAAUUCCUAAUUACACUGUGAAGGCACUAAUUGCAAACUGGUGUGAGUCAAAUAACGUCAAACUUCCUGAUCCUGUAAAGUCUGUUAGCUUAAACCAGCCUGCAGCCCUUCUUGCUCGAACAGAAUCCAGUCUCAGAGACUCAAAUGUGCUUCCCCCACAUGCAUCCACUAGAACCAGCUAUCCAAGGUCACCUGAGUCAAUCAGGUCCACCGGUUCACCAUAUAAGAGUUUGUUCUCAUCUAAUGGAGCCCUCCGAGAGAGAGCUUCUCCAUCACAUCCCCGUUCAGCCUUGGAUGGUAACGUGAGUAACAGAAACGUAAAUGGUUUCGAGUUGGACGUUGGUAGAACGUCGUUAGGAAGCUCUGGGGAGAGGGAAACCAAUUCAGAAGAUAAAAAUAUUGGUUCCGGUGGGCACACUUCAGUGUCAUCUAAAAUGGCAUUUUCUGAUGCCAAUGGGGCUAACGAACAGUUUAAGAGUCAUAGUCGAAGUGCCUCAGUUUCCAGCGUAGUUUCAGAUAGAGGUUAUUGCGAAGGAACUCAUGAGGGAGCUAAUGAGGGCUCACGGGUGUCUAGCGAUCUUGCUCGCUAUAGCAGUGAUGCUUCUGGUGAAGUUAUGUCAGGUUCUCUUGCUCCAGCUUCCACGGCCCCACAUGCAGAGCCGGAGUUAACAUCUCGAUUUGCGGAGGCUCGGUCUAGAAGCCAAACCAUCUGGCGCCGGCCAACCGAAAGGUUUUCCCCAAGGAUGACUUCAUCUCUCUCUACUAUAGAUACAAGAGCUGAUCUUACUGGCCUUGAGACCCAAGUUAGGGCAUUGGUCGAGGAUCUGAAGAGUACCUCAGUUGAUUUACAGAGAGCUGCAACAUCAGAGCUACGUCUUCUUGCGAAGCACAACAUGGAUAAUAGGAUUGUAAUUGCAAACUGUGGGGCAAUAAGCUUGUUAGUCAAUCUUCUUCGAUCAGUAGAUUCAAAAAUUCAAGAGGAUGCUGUAACUGCACUUCUCAACUUGUCAAUUAAUGAUAACAAUAAAUCUGCAAUUGCAAAUGCUGAUGCCAUUGGACCCCUCAUUUAUGUUCUCGAGACUGGCAGCGCGGAGGCAAAGGAGAACUCAGCGGCAACUCUUUUCAGUCUCUCUGUUGUUGAGGAAAACAAGAUUAGGAUCGGUCAAUCUGGAGCAAUCAGGCCUCUGGUGGAGUUGUUAGGAAAUGGGACUCCUCGAGGGAAAAAAGAUGCUGCAACAGCGUUGUUCAAUUUGUCUAUUUUCCACGAAAACAAGGCUCGAAUUGUUCAAGCAGGUGCAGUCAAGUAUCUUGUUGAACUAAUGGACCCAGCUGCUGGGAUGGUUGAUAAAGCAGUUGCUGUUUUGGCAAACCUUGCAACAAUACCUGAGGGAAGGAGUGCGAUUGGUCUGGGAGGAGGGGUUCCCGUUCUUGUUGAGGUUGUUGAACUAGGUUCUGCGAGGGGAAAGGAGAAUGCAGCCGCAGCCUUGCUACAACUUUGCACAAAUAGCAAUAGAUUCUGUAGCAUGGUUCUUCAAGAAGGAGCUGUCCCACCAUUGGUUGCUCUAUCACAGUCAGGCACACCCCGAGCGAAAGAAAAGGCACAAGCGCUUCUUAGCUACUUCAGAAAUCAGCGACAUGGUAAUGCCGGGAGAGGUUGAUCAUGACCAUAACUGAUAGCAUUGGUGGUUAGUUCAACCUUGUGAUUUGGGAGUUUCUAUAAAUACUUAAAGUCCAUGGUGAUAUAAUACUGUAUGCAUUUAAGGGGUCUUCUUGAGACAUUGCUUGUUUGUAAAAAACUCAAAAAAGAAAAGCUUGUGGCUGGGGAGAGGGAGGGAGGGAGGAGAUGAUUGAAGCCCAUUAAUGUAUUCUUGUAUAUGCAGCGGCAGAUUGCAAAUAUGGAGGGUUACAGUCCUGAAUGUGAGUGAUCUAGGACAGGUAAGUCUCGUCUGUUUAUUGGGGUUACUAUAUUGAAAUAUACUGAAGGUCGGUUACUAUAUUGAAAUAUUUGCCGAAUUUGUUUAUUGGGGUUCUUAUCUUCGUAAUUGUUAUUUUUCUUGUAUUGAAUGUUCCGCGGGUUCCUUUUCCUUGUAUACGAGUAGCUUAUUCUCUUUCAUGUCAUUUUGUAUAACCUGUUUUUGUCACUUAGCAUGUUGCUGGAGAAGCAGUGUGUGUAUUUUUUAUCUGUAAUCCCCAGUGAAUGAGUAACAUCAUCUUGGAUGAAAUUCAUAAACUAAUAAAUAACAUCAGUGUGUGUUAAAAUGUAA